AUGUCGAGACCUACGGAGAGCGAGACCGCGAGCAGACUACCUUGGUCGGAAAUGGCUAGGGAUCAAACUUCCUCCUCACCCCCCGAUAGCCCUCCGCCAGGGUACACGGGUUUGGGAGGGACCAUACUUGCGGGCGGCAGCGGCACGGGAAUUACGGUCCCGCAGGCUCUGGUGCAGGGCUAUGAACGGCCACUAGACUUCCUUCACUUGUUCUCGUUUGUACGUAGGGUGUUGCCAGAAACCGAUGACUUUCGUUAUUAUCACAACAUGUCGUCGGGACAGCUCGAUACUUUGGGUGCGGGCUUGUCAUUCCAAGUUUCGCUACAUCAGCUUGAAGCGUGCUUGCGGGACUCCCUCAAUGAGCGUGCGGGAUACGAUGUUGGUGAUAAGUUUGUAGCGAAGGGAUUGAGAUUUGUUGACGAUUAUAAUAAUAAUGUCACGAAGGAGAAGUUGUAUGAUGCUUCUCUGAGGGAGAUACGGGCCCUUACGCAUCCGCCGUUGCGAUCUCAUCCGAACAUAAUCACGCUUUUGAGCGUUCAGUGGCAGCCAGACCUUAACCACCACGAUGUCGCCUGGCCACUGCUUAUGCUGGAGUAUUCUGAAGAGGGCACACUGAGAGACUACCAGAUGGAAAAGCCAGAGAUGGAGUUUUUGGAGAAAAUGCAGCUCUGUGAAGACGUUGGAAGGGCAUUAUUGGCUAUUCAUGGAAGUGGUAUAGUGCAUGGAGAUGUAAAGAGUGAGAAUAUACUCGUUUUCUGGUCGGCGGAGAAGGGAAGGAUGGUCGGAAAGGUUGGGGACUUUGGAUCUUCGGUCUUGGAUUUCAGGGAGGACGGCGCAGGGGUUUACCGGCGCAUACGAUUCCCUGGAAUGCCCCCGAAUAUGACGAGGAUAUCCCGAGGGAACACCUGAAAUUCACGGAUGUCUAUAGUUUCGGGAUGCUAAUUUUUCGCGUCAUGCUUGGAGGCAUCAAUCCGUUCAAGAUCGCCCCGUUCAAGUCUGACGACGUAGAUAUUGAG